CAGGUUCUCUUUUCCUGCCGGUCAUGAGAAGAUCUGAGGUUCACAUGAAGCUUUCUUUUAAACAGCAACAACGUGUACUUGCUGUGGUGAUGUUAGAAUGCAACAUUUAAAUGUAAACUUGUAUGAACACGGCGAACACACGUUUUGAUUCCUGUGAUUUCCUUCCUUGCUAAGACUUUGAAGUGGACCUUCAUCAGCUGAUCGCUGUUUGCUGCUGUUGAAGCAGAUCAGAUUACAGUUUCAAAAUGAAGCGACUCAACCUGCUCGAUGCCAAACAUUUCUUCUGCCUCUCCAUCACCAUGUUGGCCCUGCUGCGCUCUGGCCGAGCCUUACCGCGGACGGACCCUCCGUUCCGUCCCGGCCACCCUUUCCUGUUCCUGUGGAACGCCCCGACCGAGCUCUGCGACACCCGCUUCGGCAUGCCGCUCGACCUCUCCCACUUCCACUUAGUCAGCAGCACGCUGAAGACGGCAACCAACCAAAGCAUCUCCAUAUUCUACACCGACCGCUUCGGCAUCUUCCCCUACGUGGACGAAGACACCGGCGAGAUGUACGACGAGGGUCUUCCGCAGCUGAUAGACCUGCAGGAGCACCACGAGCUCGCCGAGGACGAUAUCGAGUACUACAUCCCCGCCGACCAGCCGGGCCUCGCCGUGCUCGACUUUGAGGAGUGGAGGCCACAGUGGGUCAGAAACUGGGGCAGCAAAGAUAUCUACCGGCAGAUUUCCAUCGAAACGGUCCAGAAGAAAAACGCGUCGCUGUCCGAUGACGAGGCGGAGGACCGGGCAAAGGUCAUGUUCGAACGCGGAGCGAAGAGGUACUUCCUCCGAUCGCUGCGCAUCGGGAAGCGACUGAAGCCCAACAGGCUCUGGGGCUACUACCUGUACCCCGACUGCUACAACUACGACUACAACAAGGACAUGGCGGGCUUCACCGGGGAGUGUCCCGCCAUCGAGCAGGACAGGAACGACCAACUGCUGUGGCUCUGGAAAGAGUCCACGGCGCUCUUUCCAUCCAUCUACCUGGAGCUGGUGCUCAGAGACUCCCAGCAGGCCCGGCAGUUUGUACGGCAUCGCAUCCGGGAGGCCAUGAGGGUGUCGACGCUCCCCAACAGCUCCUACUCCGUCCCCGUCUACGCCUACAUCCGGCCCGUGUACAAGGACAGCACCGACGACUACAUGUCCGAGUUGGAUCUGGUGAACACCAUCGGAGAAGCCGCAGCUCUCGGCGCCGCCGGCGUCGUUUCCUGGGGAGACAUGAACGUCACGGACACGGAGGACUCCUGCCUCGAUGCUCGACGCCACCUGGAGCAGGUCAUGAACCCGUACAUCCUGAACGUCACCACGGCCACGCGGCUCUGCAGCGAGGCGCUGUGCCAGGGCCGAGGUCGCUGCGUGAGGAAGCGCUGGGACGACGACGUCUUCCUGCACCUGGACCCGCGGCGCUACCGCAUCGAGCGGCGCCGCCGCGUCGGCCCGUGGACCGCGAGCGGCGACCUCUCGCAGGAUGACGUCAGCAUGUUCGAUCGCAGCUUCGACUGCAUGUGUUACAGCGAGACGUCGUGUCGGUCGGUGCUGACGCUCAACGUCCUCCAUCAGGCCGUCAUCACCGCGAGGAACCCCGCCGACAGGCCCCGCCCCCUCCUGCUGGGGGUGACCCUGCUCAGUCUGCAGUAUAUAAGUUCAUAAGUUCAUAAAUUCAUAAGUUCAUAAGUUCAUAACACGGAGCUGAUGCUGCAGGACGUGCAGACUGUUGUUGUUUGGUUUUACCUGCCGUUACAUUUCACAUAUUUUUAUUUGAGUCCCAAAUCUCUCAUGUUCUUUUGGGAAAAUGCACGUGAGAACAAUGUGUAGCUAAAACAAGCUUUCACAUGAAUCAUUAUUAUUAUUAUUAUUAUUAUUAUUAUUAUUAUUAUUAUUAUUAUUAUUAUUAUUAUUAUUAAUAAUAUAAGUUCUUAACAUAAAGGUUUGGCUUCACUCACAUCGUCCUUAAACGUUACCUGACAGAACUAUUAUUAAAAUAUUCUGCCAAACUGAAUGGAUUAUGAGAAUGUUGUUGGAAAGAAUAACGCUUAUUGCCAGAUUGUUAAGAGUUUUGUAUUAUAUUUUAGAGUGUUUGAGACAUCCAAAGGUCUUUUUGCAUUUUUAUUUAAAAAGAAAACCACAUUCAAUGCUUUAAGAAUUGUUAAGAGUAAAAGUCCUGUAUUUAAAAUCUUACUAAGUCAAAGUAAUCUCAAUAAAUUAGAAAUACCAAAAGUAAAGUAAUAAUUCUGAAACAUUACACAUUUCAGAUUAAUUUAUGUUUGGAUUAUAAUUAUUAAGUUAUUAAUGUUCAUCACUUUAAUGUUGCAGCUAAAAUGAAUUACUUUAUAAACUGCCAGUCAGUUAAAUCAUAAUUUAUUAGUUUAUUUCUAUUUUGUCUUAAAAGUCUAAGUUUCUUAAAUGAAUGUAGUGAAGUAAAAAUGAUAUUUGCCUCUGAAAUGUAGAGAAAAGAAUUGUUCUUAAGUAGUGUACUGGAGUGUGUGAGACUUCAGUGUGGGCUGCAGUGCAGCGUGUUGUCCUGCAGGGGGAGCUCGAGCUCUGCCCCCCACCCUGAACUACAGAUGAACACACAGAAGACACUAAAGAUGCACUGCACAGAAUCAAACAUGUGGAACAUAUUGAAAUGAAUACAUGAUGACAGACAGGAGGCCCCUCGCUCGGCUGGCUCUUCUGUUUUCAUGACUUUACAGAAAAUAAAUG